UGGAUUUUUUUUUUUUUGCAGCUCUGCCGCGGUGGUAAUGGAAGCAGCCGUAGCUUUGUUUGAUAGAGAUUUUUGGCUGCUGCUUUUAAAUACCACCCAAGAAGCAGCUCGUAUUUCAUCAAUGUUGCAUUGACAAUCGGAAAAGAAGAGUGUAAUUGUGUAUAGGCGAGAUGGCAGAAGCAAAUCCCCCGAGAGGCAAGAUGAGGUUCAGAAGGAAUGCGGCCUCUUUCCCCGGGAGCUUACACUUAGUCCUGGUUUUACGCCCUACCAGUUUUCUUCAGAGGACUUUCACGGACAUUGGAUUUCGAUUUAGCCAGGAGGAUUUUAUGGUGAAACUACCAGUUGUUAUGCUGAGCUCAGUUAGUGAUUUGCUGACAUACAUUGAUGACAAGCAAUUAACCCCUGAGUUAGGCGGCACCUUGCAGUACUGCCACAGUGAAUGGAUCAUCUUCAGAAAUGCUAUAGAAAAUUUCGCUCUUACAGUGAAGGAAGUGGCUCAGAUGUUGCAAUCCUUUGGAACAGAGCUUGCUGAGACAGAGCUACCAGAUGAUAUUCCUGCAAUACAGGAGAUUCUGGCAGUUCGUGCUGAGAGGUAUCAGAUGUUGAAGAAUGACUUAACAGCUGUAACCAAAGAAGGAAAAAUUCUGCUCAUGAACCUGAAAGUGCCUAACACUGGAGAAACUGUCAGUUCAAGUCUUGAAAGUCCUCAGCACAUCAGCGGUGACUGGCAAACUAUUAAUAAGUUACUGACUCAAGUGCACGAUAUGGAAACUGCUUUUGAUGGAUUUUGGGAGAAACAUCAGCUAAAAAUGGAGCAGUAUCUGCAACUGUGGAAUUUUGAGCAAGACUUUCAAGAGGUUAUGACUAAAAUUGAAUUUGUAUUAAAUCAACAAAGAGAACUCAGUGAUGCAACAGGGAACUUAACUCAGAUAAAACAAAGACUUAAAAAAAUAGAGAACUUGGAUGAAAAAUCUCAGGAGCUGUUAGCCAAGGCCCGGCUUGUGAUAAUACAUGGCCACAAGCUUGCCUCAAAUCACCACUAUGCACUUGAUUUAAUCUGCCAGAGAUGCAAUGAGCUUCGCUACCUUUCUGAUAUUUUGGUUAAUGAGAUCAGAGCAAAGUGGGUACAGCUGAGCAGGACUUUCAAAAUGCACAAGCUCCUGCAGCAGGCAUGUCAGUGCUGUGAUCAAGGAGAAUGCCUCCUGGCUAAUCAGGGAAUGGAUCAGUUUCAGACUAAAGAAGAUGCUCAGAAAGCCCUUCAGGAUGUGCAAAAUUUCCUUCAAAUGGCUGUGCCCUUCAUCAAUUAUGAUAUUGAGAAUUUGCAAUAUGAAUUUGAUGUGCACCUUUCUUCUGAAUUAAAGGCUCAAAUGCAGACUGUACAACUCAAGCUUGAAAGUAUUCGAAGUAUAUUUGAGAACCAACAGGCUGAUUCCAAGAAUUCAAAAGGUAGAUCUGAAAGUCCAGUUCAGUUUGUCAUACCUGCACCUGAAAAUUUGAUGAGGUCCAGAGCAAUGUUUUUUUCACCUAAACAUGUGGGAGUUGGAUAUUCUUUCUUUCAAGCAUGUAAACUUUUUUCAAAAGUAAAGAAGUCUUGGAGACAGACUCAAGCUCAGAGCAACAUGCAAUUAAGUAAAAUUGAAGUCGUUAAGGAUAGCCAAGAGAAGAGGAAUUCUGAUCACUCUCCCAGAUUGGACAAUAACUUGGAUAUUUUAAAGAACCAUGUCCUGAAUGAGCUGAUACAGACAGAAAAGGCAUAUGUUGGAGAACUGUUUACUGUUUUGUUGGGCUACAGAUCUGAGAUGGACAAUCCACAGAUGUUUGAUCUUAUUCCACCUCUACUGAGAAAUAAAAAGGAUGUUCUCUUUGGAAAUAUGGCAGAAAUAUAUGAAUUCCAUAACAACAUUUUUAUGAGCAGCCUGGAAGAUUGCUCUAAUGCUCCAGAAAGAGUUGGACCUUGUUUCCUGGAAAGGAAAGAUGAUUUUCAGAUGUAUGCCAAGUACUGUCAGAAUAAACCCAGGUCAGAGUUAAUUUGGAGAAAGUAUUCAGAAUGUGCCUUUUUCCAGGAAUGUCAAAGAAAAUUAAAACAUCGACUUGGUCUGGAUUCCUAUUUGCUCAAACCAGUGCAACGAAUCACUAAGUAUCAGCUGCUUUUAAAGGAGCUCUUAAAGUACAGCAAAGAAGGAGAAGGAACAACUCAGUUAAAGGAGGCACUUGAUACAAUGCUGGACUUAUUGAAGUCAGUAAAUGACUCCAUGCAUCAGAUUGCAAUCAAUGGCUAUAUUGGGAAUCUGAAUGAGCUGGGCAAGAUGAUUCUGCAAGGUGCAUUCAGUGUUUGGCUAGGACACCGGAAAGGUGCUACAAAAAUGAAGGAUUUUGCAAGAUUCAAGCCCAUGCAGCGACACCUUUUCUUGUAUGAAAAAGCUGUUAUGUUUUGUAAGAGGCGUGUUGAAUCUGGAGAAGGCGCUGAUAGAUAUCCAUCAUACAGUUUUAAGCACUGCCUAAAAAUGGAAGAAGUUGGAAUCACAGAACACGUGAAAGGCGAUAACCGCAAAUUUGAAAUAUGGUAUGGUGAGAAGGAAGAAAUUUACAUUGUUCAGGCUCCAAAUAUUGAUGUGAAGAUGCUAUGGUUAAAAGAAAUAAGGAACAUUUUGUUGAAGCAGCAAGAAUGUUUGACUGCUAUGAAACAGCUGGAUCAGCCAAGAGAACCGGAUGAACUUUCUCUUCAGCAGCAGAAAGCUGAUGGCUGUUUCAGAAAGCAAGAGGAAGCUCUUCUAAAUGCUGUGGAAGUGGAAAAAUAGGUAGAACAAGCCAGUGGCAUGGUGGAGGUCAGGAAGGCAGUUGUGCCAGUUCAAGCACAAGUAAAUUGCACAGCUUGGACUCAGGUGUCACCAUCUGCAGAAGGUCUUGGAGCAUCUGCGGAAUGUUCAGCCAACUAUUUCUACCCUAGUUACAAUGACAAUGAAGAAGAUCGGCCACAAAUGAGAGCCGUGUCGGAGGUGACUCUGCUGAUGUAA